UGCAGAUGCUUUUAUGUAACACAUGUACCAUAUAUUUGCAGCUUAUACUCAUUGCAUGGUUGAUUUUGUUAAAAAAUGAGGAUCUGAAACUGCAAUUGAUGUGUCUUGAGUUUUCUCUAAUUUUGCUCGCCUGACUGUGACACAUCUAUGCACUUAAAAUCUGAGGGUCAGAUCUUGCAACGUGGAAUUGCCCUUAAUUACUGACUUUAGGUGUACUUUGGACCCCUGCAGAUAACCUUUGUCUCUUAUUGUCAUUAUUAAAGUGAUAAGUACCAGUGCACGACGAGGUUUGCUUCACUUGGUUCAAUCUGAGCUUCUCUGCCAAGUCAAUAAAGCUGUGGUUAGAGGAAGAUUAAUAUUUGAUAUCUGUUAGAUCAUAACUCCUCCCCAGCCUAAUUUAAAAGCUUUAAUACAAGAGGUAUGAGACAGCACACUAGUCCUACCACAGACCAGCGUGUUUUUGGAGCUUGACGUGAAACCAACAUGAAGACUCUUCAGCAGAAGAUUGUUGUCCUCUCCAUUUGUGUGGUUUUAAUCUGCGCCAUUCAAGUGGAUUCAGUCCCACUACCUGAAAACAUCAGUGGUCUGAUCCAGCGGACGAAGCGGUCACUGCUGUGGCGAUGGAACAGCAUGAAGCCUGUCGGUUCCAGCUGCAGGGAUCACUCAGAAUGUGGCACGAAAUUCUGCAGGAAAAAUGUCUGUUCCUUCUGGAAAUCUGUCUGAAGAUGAAAAACACAACUCUACAUGGAUGCCUGUCUACAAACGAACAAAUGCAUCAUGGGCCAAAGUUACCUGUUUCCAAAUCCCUGCUCUGAAAUUCUGAUUUUCAGUGAAGAUGUGUGAUCAGUUAAUCACCUCCACUAAUCUGAUCUGGCUGUAAAGUACAACAAAACAAGGUUGUAAAGGUCGGAAGCACAUGAACAACAAGUUCCUCAAUCGAGAACAUCUGAUUGACCUUUUGGACAGGAUGUAUGAACCUCAAGGUGCUUCUAAUAAGAAAAUAUAUUUACUUAUCCAAAGGUUUAGAGGUGCUCUGUGUUUAUUUGUUUAUGUAUUAUUUAUUCAUACUGUACAAUUGUAAACAAUGUAAAUAUUCAAAUAUAUUCACUUUUAUUCAACAUAUUACAUGCCACCUAAAUGUUGUUUGUUUUGAUUGUAACACUUUUUUAAAAGAAAAAAUUAAAAACCUUCCUCACAGUU